UUAAUCCAUCAAAUUCCGUUCAUCUUUAUUAUCACACAAAAAUUCCUAUUCCAAUCCCAACCCAUAAUUCAGUUUCCCAUUCCUAAGUCCUAACCUACAAGUUUGCGAUGGCCACAGAAGAACCCGUUGUCGUUGUGGAACCUGUUCCCGAACCAGCAGCCUCGGAGAAAGAAGAACCAAAGGUUGAAGCAGAGAAGAAGACGAAGGAAUCCAAACCUAAGAAAGCUUCCAAACCACGAAGUCCUGCUUCUCAUCCUACUUACGAAGAGAUGAUUAAGGAUGCAAUUGUGAGUCUGAAAGAGAGAACAGGUUCAAGCCAAUACGCGAUUGCGAAAUUCAUUGAAGAGAAACACAAACAACAACUUCCUUCAAAUUUCAAGAAGCUAUUGCUUCAGAAUUUGAAGAAGAAUGUUGCUUCUGGUAAACUUGUUAAGGUUAAAGGUUCAUUCAAACUUCCUUCCAAGACGACGAAACCAUCAUCAUCGGUGACUACAGCUUCUCAGGCGAACAAAAAGCCUGCAGCGUCCAAGCCGAAGACAAAGCCAACUGCUUCGAAGGCUAAGCCAGCUUCUAAGCAAAAGGCUAAAACUGUUGUUAAGCCAAAGGCUGCUUCCAAGCCCAAAACUACUGCUGUCAAAACCAAAACUACUGUUGCUAAACCCAAACCUGCUGCUGCCAAAUCCAAAGUUGCUGCAAAGCCCAAGGCUGGUGUGAAAGCGAAGCCCAAGGACAAGUCUGCUAAGGUUGCAAGGACAUCGACGAGGACUUCACCGGGGAAGAAAGUACCGAAGAAGGUUGUGGCUGCGAAGAAAGCUCCGGUGAAGAGCGUGAAGCCUAAAAUCGUAAAGUCUCCGGCGAAGAAGGUUUCAACGAAGAGAGGAGGGAGGAAAUGAGCGCUAAAGUCUUUCUAGUGAAUUUUUUUUUUUAUGUGAAGAACAGAGUCUAGAGUCUUCAAUCUUCAUUGCUUUAGCAUUGUAAAUUUUUUGUUUGUUUGUUACAGUUUAUAGUUUAUAAUAAGUUGAUUUCAUAUUUUCUA